UAAAAGGGAGCACCUGCACACUAGCAGAUCGAUCUUAGAAGAAAUCGGCAACUUGGUUGAAGAAGUUAAGGUUUUGAAGCAACAUGGACAACAGAAAAUUCCAAGAAAUAUCCGAGAGAAAACGAGAAUGUCGAAAGAAUUAAAAAGACUGGGACGAUUAGGGUAUCAUUUAAAAGUACAUCACACAAUAAAUUAGAUCGAUCGAUUCACAUUUCACAAGUAAAUAUUGAAUUCUUACAGAGACCUUUAAAUCAACCAAGUAGCUUUUCUUCUGUCUUUUCAAAUGUCUCGACUUUUUAGAUUUUUGAACCCACGAAUAUAUAGCUUCUUUAGAGUCAUACGCGCUGCUAUGUAAAGGGGCUAUUACAACGAUCAACUUUGGUUGAUGGAAAUCAACAACUUGGUUGAGGAAACUAAUCUCGAGGCAACUGAUAAAAUUGAAACUGAUCAAACUGAAUUACAUGUGGAUCAAACUGAAUCCUUACACACACACAAGCCUUUAAACGAUCAACCAACAAUUUCGGCAAUCCCGAAAAUAGUCUGCGAGACGAUUCACGCGCUGGAGCUGCACGAUGAGACGCCAUCGUGGAAAAUCAUGGACAAUAAAGGCCGAGUCACAGUGGUGCUGCACUGGGACCAGCGCUCGUCGUCGUCGUCGCAGGUGCAGCAGCAGCAGUCGAAGGCAGGCCCGGACGCCCAGACAUCCAAGUAUUCGCCGACUAAAAAAGCCGACCUGAGUGGCGCCCAACGGCCGUCUCUAGUGAUCCAAACCAGCUUGGACAAGCUCGGCUAUGACGGCAAGACAACACAUUUGCCCGGCGAGAUCGCCCCGACGCGGUACACCAGCCCGCGAAUCACUGUGAUAAAUCAUGACGAUAUGCAGCAGCCGAUGCAUUCGCACUUGCCGGGUCGUCUGGUGAAGCAAGGCACGAAUUCAUUCGACAGUACGACCAUUCACAUCCACACACCCGAGUGCUCCAACCACAUUCACCAGCCGGUUGCGCGGAACGGCAGCCCGGUAAAUGGCUCCGACGGCGGUGCCAUCGGCGAGUGCGACUUCCACUGCUGCGCCCUGCACGAGGAGGGCCGCAGGAUCGCCGUGCAUAAAUCGGUGGCGACAUCGCCGAUCCAGGACGCGCAUGCGCAGUAUCAACAUCCACAUCAUCCGCAUCAACAGCAGCAACAGCAGACACAGACGCAGACACCAUCACCACAGCCGCCAUCCUCCCUGUCGGACGGCACCAAGCGACCUGGUCUCAGCAAAGGUCACGUUCGCUUUCGCGACACCGCUGACGAGGAGUCAAGCUCGCGUCUGGCCGGUGCCGCUGGCUUCCACUUACAUCAUAAUCAUCAUCAUCAUCAUCAAGAGCACGAUAGCUCCGAGUCCGAGACGGAGAAUACAAUAAUGGAGGACGAAAUAGUGACAUCGGAGAAAUUUUUGCUGCUGAUCGAUCAACUGACGGUCGACCAAAAGCACCACCUUAGCAUCAAGGACAUUGGCAUCAUACUGGAGCGACUCAGCUCCAAAAUCCUCGACGUCGAGCGGCUGGAUCGCGAGAGCGAGAGCGAGGAGUGCUACAAUUGGACGAUCAAGGCGAUCAUACGGGGCGAUGUCCUGCGAGAGCUUGGUGUGAUCUACAAUGGAAAUUAUUACGCGAUCUCAGAGCAUCCCGGUUAUAAAGAGGAGUCCGAAGAGAAUAACGAGGAUAACGAGGAGGAAGAGGAGGAUAGACUUUAAUAUGAUGCUGUUUUACUAGAUAGAUAGAUAGAUAGAUUAUACACCUAUUCCUGGUUAUUAUUAAAUUAGGACACGUUGUAAACGGAAAUAAGAACGGGGAUAUCACGUGGUAUCACCAUUGAAUCCGAGGAUUUUUUGAAAAUUGAUUAAACCUGAACUUUCUGUGAUUUUUUCUGAGAGUCUAUAGCACUUCCUAGAAUCUUCCUAGGAUCUCUGUGAUCCUUCAAGGAUUCCCAGUGCGCUUGGGUUUUCUUAACGUUUUCUAGGAAUUUUCUAAGAUUAAGAGAUACAGUCUCGUGCCAAAUAUAUGAAAGUUCUACAGAAUUAAUUGACUAAGAUUUGCAAUUAGGAUUUUUUAGAUUAAGUCUUCUAGGACUUCUCAGGAUACUCCUAGAAUUUUUCAAGAUUUCGGAAUUCCCUCCUUAGUAUUCCGUAGGAUUUUUUUAGGAGAUUCCCGAUUAUUGUUUUGUAAAAUCUCAGGAUUCUCUGUAAGAUCUUGUGUGCGUUUAGAGUUUAUAAUACUAAUCUUACAAGUUUCUAGGAGUGUCUAAAAAAUUUUCAAUUCUAGAAAUGUCCAGAAUAUCUUUACUUUUAAUUCA